AUGUGGUGGCUGGAAAGGUCAGAAGUUGUUCACAACUCGACUUUCUAUGCCAUGAAAACGGCUCUCAUGACUCAAGUGAACCGACUACAUAAAAAGCGAAAGGAGACAAAAGUUAAAAAAGAGAAGAAAAAAAUUGUUGAUGAGAUCAACAACAAAAUAAUUGAGUUUCACGACACGUAUUGUUUGCAGAACGAGUACGAUUUGCAUGGAAUGACGGAGAAAGGAGCACUGAAGUAUGUGGAGCAAAGAGUGAACGAGGUCGGACACAACUUCGAUUUAUUUAUCGUGACGGGCCGAGGAAACCACUCGGCGAAUGGGUGCUCUGCGAUCAAAAAUGGGUUGAUGAGGAAGUUCAAGUCGAGAGUUCAAAUCAAUCCACGCAACCCGGGGGAGGUGAUGUUGGAGAAGAGAGAGAAAUGA